AGUUUUUCCCCAAUCAGAGGGAUGAUAUACAGAUGUUUUGUCAACUUCGCAUCCGAACUAAUUUGAACAAUUGGCUGGUUGCGGAACCCGUCGUUUGAUACAAGCUCAGUACAAUCAGGGAAAGUUCAGGAACGGACAUAAAUAACAAUCAUGGCCCAACAUUCAGCAUCCAAUUCCAACGGUAUGGGCUUCAAUCAAAAUCACCACCCGCUCCCUGCAAUUCCUAUUAGGCUUCCAAACGAACUGUGGCAAAGACACUAGCUCAAUGAUCUUGCUACAGAUGUGACUGCGACUUUGGAAGCGACGCCCGGGGAAAUACUAGUACCAGAUUUUUCUUCAGCGAAAGCAGUCUCGGACGCAGUCGCUUGUUGCAAUAAUCUUCCGGUCGGAUGCUAUUUCAACAUUUUCGCAACUUCGAUAAUCGACAGGAGGUCAUAAAUAAUUUGGAUGCCAUUGGACAGCCCGAAACAGGUUCUACUCUAGGAUACCAUGAAACUACUCGACUCUUAACUCGGCACUCCGUAGUGGAUUUCAUUCAACGUCACCCGAAUUUUAAAUACAUCUUAUAUGCGACAGUCACGGUGGAGAUCACAAUCCCACCAAAUUCUGACCAGAUAUCUCUUUUGCCGGCAAGACCGGACGGAACUACUAGGUUGAUGGUACAUUGGCUUUGCGAUUUGGAUGAUAAUGGAAUGAAUGCGAAGAUUUCCAAUGUCUUAGGUCUAUCUCCAGAAGUUAUCGGACCUGAAGCAUCGUUACCGUUUGGUAUUAGACCUUUCAAUGUCUAUGUUGCCUCUGUAGUGAAUAAUUGAUUGGGGUAUCUUUUGAAGGAGAGGAGGUUGUUUCAUUGGCGUGGGGGAGGUGGGGGCGGGCAGCGACUAG